GCAGUGGGACCAGUGCUCCUCAUCCCUGCAUCAGGACCCAGUGGAGCCCUGAGCCUGCAGCAUCUCACUGUGCCCGUGGGGCCGACUGCCCCCAGGGCUCUCCCUGCUCCAUCCCAGGACUCUGCACCCCUGCUGCAUCCCAUGGCCGCAGCUGAGUGCAGCCACCACCCGGUGAAGCUGGUGAUGGACAUGGACACCAAGGCCGAGCCCCCACAGCCGCACUGGUACGAGCACCGGGUCCAGCCCUGCGUGGCUGAGCUGCUGGGCACUGCUCUCUUCGUCUGCAUCGGCUGCCUCUCGUCGGUGGAGGAUGCUGUGGGCACCGGGAGGCUGCAGCCGGCCCUGGCACACGGGCUGGCCCUGGGGCUCAGCAUCGCUGUCCUGGGAGGCAUCAGUGGAGGCCACCUGAACCCUGCCGUGUCCUUGGGCAUGUGGCUGCUCGGGGGGCUGAACAUCACGAUGCUCAUCCCUUACUGGGUCUCCCAGCUCUGCGGAGCAGCCAUAGGAGCCGGCCUGGCAAAGGCUGUGGCAGCAAGUGAGCGGUACGUGAACACCAGCGGAGGAGCCUUCACCAUCAUCACAGCUGACGAUCAGGUCCCCUCCGUCCUCGGGGGUGAGAUCAUCCUGACCUCCUUCCUUGUCCUCGUGGUCUGCAUGGGCGCUGCCAAUGGGAAGACCAAGACUCCGCUGGCACCUUUGUGCAUUGGCUUCUUAGUCACGGUUAACAUCUUGGCAGGAGGUGCUGUGUCUGGAGCCUGCAUGAACCCUGCCAGAGCCUUUGGGCCUGCCCUGGUGGCCAAUUACUGGGACUAUCACUGGGUUUACUGGGUAGGGCCCAUGGUCGCUGCUCUCCUCGUCAGCGCGCUGGUGAGGACCCUGCUUGGUGACAGGAGCAUCCGCCUGCUCCUCAAGUGAUGCUGGGCAUGGGGCUGUGUUUGUGCCAUUGUCACUGACCUGCCAUGGGCUGGUGCAGCUCAGCACAGCCGCUGUGGAGCCCACCCUGUUCCUGGUCCUGCUCCUCACGAUCCCACCUCUGCUCUGCCUCUCUUCACAAGCCCCAGCUCAGGAGAUGCUUCACUGGAUGCUGCAGGGGCAAUGGAAAGCAGCAGCUCUGAACUGAGCAUCCCUGCUCUGUCCCAGUACCAGCUCACCAACAGCAUCCUCUGACCUGCACCAGUGUCCAUGGGGUCCCAGGCUCCCCUGGCACCGGCCAUGAGCAGCAUCCAUCCCUUGUGCUGUGGUGUGUGUGGCUGUGGCCGGCAGCAUCUCCAGCUCCCUAGUGCAGGCAGUGGGAGCUGCUGGUUCCCAGACACCCCAAGGGGAACCUGCCUGACCCUGCUCAGGUGAUGAGAGCCUGGGGGCUGUAUGGCACCGAUUCCUUUUGAACUUAAUGACAAUGUUAAUUGCAGGUGGCUCCUCUUCCCUUGCAUGGGCCUAUGAGAGCUCCCCAGCCCCAAACAUGCUGAUGGGCACUGUCAGGCUCCAUCCCCUGUUCCACGCUGGCUCCUCCAUGUCUCCCAUUCAGGCAUUCCUGCUCCCUCCUCAGCACCCACCCCAUGGGGAUCCCAUGUUCCAGCGCUCAGGAUGCUCCCCUAUGGGAUCCCACUCCUCAUUUGGUGCUGUAGCUCCUCAAGCAGGUCAGGAUGAUGCCCACAGAGGAGGGUGAUGAGAGGAGGGAUCUUUGGUGACAGCCAAUUUAUGGCCCCUCUCAGCAUCCUGAGGCCCGGGGGGUGAUGCAGCCCUCAAGAGCUCGGGGUGGAUCCAUCAUCCCCUGCUCAGGACCGGUGCUGGGCCCGGGGGGUGAGGGAAGGGGCUGUGUGCCAGCAGGAGCUGCUGCCGUAAGCAGGAGCCGGCAGGAGGAGGGUGAUGGAGCUGUGUGGGCAGGGGGAGAGGAGCCAGCGCAGGGCUCUGCGUCAGCGGUACCCGGCCCCGACGGCAGCUCUGCCCUGACUCAUCGUGUGGGCUCCCGAGGGGGGCUCAUAGGGACCCUGUCCCAUCCCCACUGCUCAGGGGGAUGAACCAGCACCCAGUGUCCUGAGUGCCCCUCAGAUCACUCCAAAUGCUGCAAACUUACCUUGGGAAAUGCCUGUUGCCUUCCCAGCCCAUACUGGUGUGCCCUGGGGAAGGGGCUGUGCUGGGAGAGCCGUGUCCCCCUUAUGGGGCUGCCCACCAGCCCCAUACUGGGAUCCCGGUCCAUCAGUGGGGCUGGUGUGUGAAUGGGUCAGCAGCUGCAGGUGGGAGCAGCAGCAUCUUCCCAGGGCCAGGACCCAUGUGCUGAGCCCUGGGUUCUCCCUUUCUCCUGCAGCGGAUCUGGAGGGAGGAAUCCCCCAGGAUAGAGGAGAUGCUUCCUACCUCUCCUCCCAGGCUGCUCCACGCAGAGGCAGGGAAGCCGUUGCUGUGGCAGGGAGGACGUUCCCGGUGUCCCCGCAGGGCUGGCAGAGCCCUUCACGCUGUCUCCUCUCUAUUUCCAGCUUGGUUUCUAUUUUCCCAGCCUGGGAGGUGACCCACACGUGCACACACACGCACAGAGAUGCGUCUGUAUUUAGUAAAGGACAAGGCUGGGGAGAUGCUGAAGUGAGGAAGUGCCAGGAUUAAAGCAUCCCUGACGCAAGGGGGUGUUUGCCUGCAUCCCUGCCCACAGGGGAUGUGGUACCCUGUGGUACCCCACGAUGGGCAGCGUCAGCCCCGCUGACCAGGGCACAGGCAGCUGCUCAUUCAGGGAGGAAAAUGAUGCAACACCACAGGAGACAAAGCAUGAAGAUGUCACUGGGAUGGUUGUCAUGGCAACGCCACCAAAAGUGCCAAACCAAGCAAGGAUCAACCUCACUGCCUCCUCCCCAUAGAGAGCCUCAGGGUAUGGGGAGCUGAUGGGGAAGUCCCAGCCUCUCCUGGGCCCUGCUCAGGCUGUUGACCCCUAUGGGACUGGGGCUGUGGGUGCAAUGGGCAUGGGGCAUGGUGGGUGCCCACCUUCCCAUCACCCCAGCAUGUGCAGGAAACACGUUUGUGGCUGCAGCUGCCUCUGCAUGGAGCUGAUUCCCUGCUGCACCCCAGGGUGCUGCUUCUGAUGGGUGCAGGGUCUCAGGGCCAUGGUCCCACUGUGCUGGGGAUGCUCCUGAGCAUCAGCCCUUGUUGCAUGGCUCAGGCAAGGGAGGCAGGAGGAGGAUGUCCCAUGCAGGGCUGUGUGUGCUCCCCUGUCUUGCCGCUGCUGUGCUCAGCACACGCGGGGUUCAUCCUCAGGGUGACUCUUCAUAAAGCAUCUGUAACAGUGCCUUGUUUUCCUGGAGUAUUAUUAAAGAGCUUAAUUUAUGCUAAUUAAAUACCAAUUAACUCCCAA